AUGGCCAGGAGUCUAUUAGGCUCUCUUGGCCAUCGGUCCAGGACCGGGUCCCCGCCGGACGUGGACGUGAGCGGUGCCCUCGACGACAGCGACCACGCUUCCGUGGAUGGUGGUGGUGGUCCCCCGCCUAGCUGCCUUGACGCUCGGAGGGAUGGGCUUCGGGGUCUUCCGCAGCAUCAACUGCUCCCGGCCGAGCUCCAGGCCGAAGGGAUAUACGAGAUCGGUUCAGACGAAGUGUCACACCCAACAGUCGCUGUAGACAUUCAGGAGGCAUGGCGGCAGGAUGAUGACCAAUGGCAGGAAGGGCUGCAGUACCCCUUUACCAUGGCACCGCCGCCGCCGCCGCCGCCGCCGCCGCCGCCUCAGUCGAAGGUUCACCAUCCCGCCGAGCUAUCGGAUACCGUCGUCCCCUCCAGCCUCUCCGUCCUCCCCGCUUCGGCCGCUGCUGCUCCCUCAGGCGACAACACACUUGAUAUCAGACCCAGCCUACGGUUGGAGACGGCAGGUCUCACACUACCUGGAACCCAGCCUUACAAGUCUCGCAGCAGGACCCUUGCCCCGAGCUCCUCGGUCAGAUCGACAAAUAGCACUAAUAGCACCAGCAGCAUCGGGAGCUGUACCAUGUCCACCAUGUCGACAUGCUCGGGAGGAUGGGGCCACAUGGCCGAUUCCGCCACGACGACCCCGACCGAAGACUUCUGCCCCGAUAACCCCUUUGCCCCGUCACUGCCAUCAUCAAAGGCCGCUCUGCCUGAUCCUUUGCCACCAUUUCAGGAGGCCCGUCAGACGUAUCGUGAUGACGGCCAUUCCUAUCCACAGCAUGCGACCGACAGGCCAGAUGUGUCGUUUACGGAGCUGCCCGCUGAGAUGCGUGCGCCUAUUCCUCCCCCACAGCCGCCGCCACCGAUGACUGCCGCCCCCCCAAUGGAUCUGCUCGACCAUUUCUUCCCGUUUUCGGUAUCAACACCUCAGUCCCAGCCGAGGGAGCUUGCAGGGCCGCUCAUGGAUGCUAGCGACCGUCUCGUCGACGCCUGUUCCCUCAUACAGACAGUCUGUCAUGGGCUCAAAGCGGAUAUCGGCGAGUCCAGGAAGCGACUACAGGACAUUGCAGAAAAUAAUCACCUGGCCAAGAAACUGAUUGAAAUGCCUCCCGAACAGGUUGUCAAAAUCGGUCUCGAUACGCUGGAUGACGUCCAGCGCCACGGCCACGGAGGCGGUCAGACGCCCGCUGCUGCCACCAUCCCCUCCUCCCCCCCAUCGCCUAUCAAUACCAUAUGCCUGAUCCACCUGUUCUACGCCUCCCCCCUCCGCAUACAAGAGCACGACGCCCAGAAUCGCUGCUGGGAUGUCUUCAGACAGGUCGUCUCGUACAGCACGUGGCUCGGGCAGCCAGACCGCGACGCCUAUCUCCACGUUGUCGACGCGCUGUGGAAGCCACCGGCUAUGAGCUGCGAAGCUUCUGCGGAUCUCACCAGGGGAUCAGCAGCAGCAGCAGCGGAGGAGACGUCGCCGAAGUCAGGGGGCGGGGUGCCGCAGAUGCUGGCCUGGAGAGCGUUGACUGGCCCGUUGGCCCUCAUUGCCGUGUUCUUGGAUGGUUUGUGA